GCUUAAAAAGGUGCGCGACCGUAUGUGUCAAUACAGACUUCGUCAUAACUAUCAAUCAUGAAGACCGCUCUGAUCCUCGCCUGUUUUGUUGUCAUUAUGACAGUGUACACGGUGAGAGCUCAAGGGGGUCAUGUGGCCUGCACUGAGGACAGCGAUUGUACUGCUGACUGCCCUACCCAUCACGGUUUCAGUCUAGCUAACGUGGGUCAACACGGCAACUGUCACUGCCACUCUGUCCACGCAUGCACUGCUGACAGCGACUGUUCAUGUUCAACCGAAUUCACAGCAAGUUGCGAACACGGCCACUGUCACUGUCACCAUCAUCAUUGAUGCGUCUACAAUGAAAAUCGCCUUUUGAUGUAUUGAAUUAAAUGUUUGCAAGUUAUUCU